AUGACUAAUGCUGUGGCGGGGGAGCGGGAGGGACAGCAGCUUUCCAAACCAGUUCAUCAGGAAGCCAUGCAUCUUGCUGCUGAUGCUGUAGGACAGGGUGAACACCGCACACAACCAGGAAGCGUACCGUACGUGCCCGAGCUUCCUAAGUAUCACCCAGAAACCUGUAAGCAGAGAUUACGAAGUCAGAAAGCUCUGCUUUCUGACCGUCAUCCUCUGCGAUCUGUCUUUGCGACACCGCCUAAGAGCUUCUCUCAGCUAAUUCCUGCAGUUAAGCCCUUAUUUCUGGGCGCGCUACAGCGCGUUUCAGAAAGACACCCGAUUUCGAUGGAGAACCGCGCCGGCUCCUUCCUUCAUCCCCGUGAGCAUUGUUUUUCCUGUGUUCUAAAGUUGUCCUGUAAUGCUACCUUUCCAUUUCUAUUUGCAGAAGCUGGUGUGCAAGCAAAUAGGAACAAAAGAAAGAAACAGAUUUUGAAAAUUGGACAUGGCGGAACUUUGGAUAGCGCAGCUACAGGAGUUCUGGUGGUUGGUAUUGGAAAAGGAACAAAAAUGCUGAGAGCUAUAUUGGCAGGUUCCAAGAAAUAUACUGCCAUUGGACGACUGGGCAAAGCUACUGAUACAUUAGAUGCUACAGGAAAAGUAACUGAAGAAAAACCUUAUGAUCAGAUAACAAAAGGAGAUCUUGAAAAUGUGCUGCAAAAGUUCACAGGGGACAUAAUGCAGGUUCCUCCACUCUAUUCUGCUUUGAAGAAGGAUGGACAAAGGCUAUCCUCUCUCAUGAAAAGAGGAGAAGCAGUUGAAGCAAAGCCUGCUCGGCCAGUAAGAGUGUACAGCCUCUCCCUCCAACACUUCCAGCCACCACUGUUCACACUGGAUGUUGAAUGUGGUGGUGGCUUUUAUGUCAGGAGCCUGGUCAGUGACAUUGGCAAAGAACUCUCUACCUGUGCCAGUGUGCAAGAGCUGACCCGAACCAAACAGGGGCCAUUUACGCUAGAGGAGCAUGCACUUUAUGAAGACAAAUGGACAAUUGAUGAAAUUGCACGAUCCUUAGAGCAUUGCAUGUCUCUUCUCCCAGGAGAGCCAUCUCAUAAAAAAUUUAAGACAGAGGCUCCUGGAGAAACCGCUGUGAGCUGUGAAGAUAAGUGAUAAGUUGGGUCAAGGAGAAAGACUGAAUGAUUGAGACAUUUUAAGAUUGGAUUGGGAUUGUCUUGCCUCUUGUGUGAAUUUACAGGCCUGUACUGGGAGGGUGACAAACUGCAACGAAAGAAAAAUGAUUCCUUUCUUUUUUCCCCCUGAGCUAGACUAUGCACCGAAAAUAUCCACUGCUUGCUGUUUCCUGAUCUGCUUAUUUCCCUUGUGGCCCACUGUAAAUGGGUCAGCUACUAAUGUCAAGUCGUCAUAAACUCUUUAAAGAACCUGUGGGGUGCGAAAAGCUAUGGCUUUUGUAACUAAUUUGUCAAUAAAAAUUAAGAUUUGCUAAA